GCUCUGCGGGGCCCUGCGCGUAAACAAUGAACCGGCACGCUGCUGCUCUCACCGCGCCUGAAUGCGGGGCUGGUUGCUGCUCUCACCGCGCCUGAAUGCGGGGCUGGUUUCUGUCAGCCCUCCCUUUAAAAAGCGUUUCGAGAGGUACACGAUGUGAACGUGCGGUGUUGUGAUGAACCUGUGUUUUGCACCUGUGUUUGGGGAUCUGUGCCGUAAUGCUCAAUGUAUGAUUUGAAACUGUCACCAUGGACUUUUCACGUCUACACACGUACACCCCUCCCCAAUGUCUGCCAGAGAACACUGGCUAUACAUAUGCUCUCAGUUCGAGUUAUUCUUCAUCUGCUUUGGAUUUUGAGACUGAGAACAAAAUAGAUCCAGUGUUUGAUUCACCCAGAAUGUCACGGCGUAGUUUACGGUUGGCUGCUGGAGGAUACAGUAAAUCAGAUGAUGGACAGAGUGAUUCCCUUCAUGACAGCUCUUAUGCUGGAAACAUGUCCUUCAGGGAUCAGUCUAAGGUGGCAAAGCAGCACAGAAGUGUGAGCAAGCAGUCUGGCAGUGGAAGACAUGUGCCAAGGAAAAAUCUGUCCAGCUCAUCUAUUUUUAGCCAGAGCAGUUUCAAUAGCCAUGCCAGUGAUACAUCAAUGAUAUCCACUGUAUUGGAUGAGUCUCUGAUUCGGGAACAGACAGAAGUUGAUCAUUUCUGGGGCCUUGAUGAAGAAGGUGACCCCAAAGGCAGUGACACCACGCUGCUGCUGCAGGGCAACGGGGACAUUGCAGCCCCGGAGCUGCAGCCCACGCUGAACGGCUACACGUGCAGUGACUGCAGCAUGCUGUCAGAGAGGAAGGAGGUCCUCACUGCCUACUCAGCUUCCCAUGUGCCAUCCUCCAGGAUCUACACGAGGGACAGGAGCCAGAAACAUGCAUCUAGAGGAACAUAUUUCUACAUGAGUAAGAUUCUGCGAUUGGUCAAAAAUACUGCAACAUCUUUUGCAUCACUAUUAGUGCAACUCUUUCAAAUGGUUUUGCUGAAGCUGGGUUAUGAAUAUAAAGCUCACUCAGACUACUGUGGAAGCAUGAAUGUAAAGGAGUUCUACAGAGAAGAUCAUCACCUUGGCGUGAAUGAGGAGUCAAUAUGUGAUGACUGUAAAGGGAAGAAACAUCUUGAAAUGUACACCACAGACCACAUGCAGUCCUCAUGGGCUAAAAGGGUAGCAAGGACCAUUGGGCACACCUUUUCUUCUGCAGGUUACUUUGUGCUUCACGGGCUGCGAGCAGCGGGAGCCGCGGGCUGGCUCGUGUCGCAGAAGGUGUUGUCUCUACUUUGGCUGGCCAUUCUCUCUCCAGGGAGGGCAGCUUCUGGCAUGUUCAGGUUGCUUAGAACUGGGUGGUAUCAACUUGUUACUCUGAUGUCUUUGCUCAAGGUGUUUCUUGUAAGAAGAUGCCUUCCAAAGAACUACAGGUGGUUACUGUUUCUUAUCCCACUCCUGUUUCUGCUAGGUUGGUGGUUCUGGGGGCUUGAUGGCUUCAUUUCCUUAUUACCUCCAUUGAACUGGACAAGAAUUGGCACAAUACAGAGAACAGAAGAUUCUGUUCAUGUUCCUGAACCACAAGAUGACUCUUUUCAUUCUGUGCAACCUCCAAAGGAUACCAUAAAUAUCUUUGACUUUGGUCGUAUAAGUGAGCUGGAAAAGCAAAUGGCCUUCGUGUCUGACAGAUGCCAUGACCGAAACAAAGAAUACAGCAAAGUGAUGAGCCUGCUCCAGAAUCUUCAAGAUCAGGUUGCCACAAUGAGUGACAGAAGUGAAACCUUGAAUUUAAUAAAAAACGUCGUGAGUCAAUAUCUUAAAGAUAUGAAAUUGGAGGAAAAGGCUGAUUUCCUGGCUUUACACAAAGAGCAUGAGUUGCGCAUCCAGACGCUGGAAGAACUUCUUAGAAAACUCUCAGCUGAAUCCAAGGACAUCCAGAAGGAGUUCGACCUGGCCAAAUCAAAAUCAGUGAGAGAUGAUGAUCAAUACAGUCUACUUAUGUCCAAAAUUAAAAAGCUAGAACUGGAGCUGGCUUCUAUGAAAUCAGAGCUGUUAUCUGGGGAAAGUGUGAAGACAAGUUGUGAGAAAAUGGAUGUCAUUAAUGAAAAAGUAGAUGCCCAGGUCAAGGAAUCUGUCAAGCUAUUGCUUUUUGGUGAUCAACAAGAAGACUUGCCUGAAUCACUUCUCCAGUGGCUUACCUCCAAUUUUGUGAGCAAAAGUGAUCUACAGACUGUGCUGAGGGAUCUUGAGUUGCAGAUCCUCAGAAAUAUUACUCUCCAUAUGUCUGUAACAAACCAAAAAGUAACAUCUGAAGUAGUUACAAAUGCUGUGACUAAUGCAGGGAUUUCUGGAAUCACAGAAGCGCAAGCACAGAUUAUUGUAAAUAAUGCACUGAAACUCUACUCUCAAGACAAGACUGGGAUGGUGGAUUUUGCCUUGGAAUCUGGAGGUGGCAGCAUUCUGAGUACUCGCUGUUCUGAAACCUAUGAGACCAAGACAGCAUUAAUCAGCCUCUUUGGAAUUCCUCUGUGGUACUACUCCCAGUCUCCCAGAGUGGUGAUUCAGCCGGACAUGUACCCAGGGAACUGCUGGGCUUUCAAAGGAUCCCAGGGCUACCUUGUGGUGAGACUUUCCAUGAAGAUCUAUCCAACUGCCUUUACUUUGGAACACAUACCAAAAACUCUUUCACCAACAGGAAAUAUCACCAGUGCUCCUAGGAAUUUUGCAGUAUAUGGCCUGGAUGAUGAAUAUCAAGAAGAAGGCAAGCUUCUAGGAGAGUAUGUCUAUGAUCAAGAUGGAGAACCACUGCAGAUGUUUCCAGUGAUGGAGAAAAAUGAAGACGCAUUCCAAAUAGUGGAGCUGAGGAUUUUCUCUAACUGGGGCCAUGUGGAGUACACCUGCCUGUAUCGGUUCAGAGUGCACGGGAAACCUGCCCAAUAAUCCACACUACAGCUGGGGGUGGCUGCUUUGUACAUUUUGUUCCUAAUCUGUAUAUACUGGGAAGCCUACAACACUGGAAUCUGUAAAGGACGAGGAUGCAAGAUGCACACUGCAGAACUGUUGAUCCUCUGAUAAAGGCAGAAGACUGUCAGCAGAAAUGUAUAAACCCCAAUUUUAACUUACUCUAAGGCUCAGCUUGUAAUUGCCAGUUUGCUUCAUAUUUCUGUGUCCAUGCUGAGAGAAACAAUGCAUGCAAACAGCUCUGGUUCAUAAAGCCCAGUUGACAAACAGGUGACACACGUUUUAUUACAAAUGAAUGUAUAGGUUUUUUAAAAAGAAUAAACCACACUUUCUGCAACUAGGAAUCUGUUCUUUUUUAAUCCAGGACUCAAGCAUACUUUUGCUAGCUUGGCACCAUAAGCCAAAAACUGUGGUACAUUUUGAACACUGACUGUGGCUAAAGGUGUCCUUCAGUUGACAGUUGGUUGUAACCUUUUUGGUGGAUCCAAAAGGGCUUCUUUGCUACAUGUUGAAUAUAAUAAAUACUACUGUCAGGGAAAGCUAACACAACCAAAACCAGUUUCAACACCAGCGACUGAGAAUGCUUUACUGUAAUUUGUGGCCGUGAAUUGCUCUAAAAGUCAGGGAUAACUUCAGUUACUUAAAGUUAUUUUAAGGGUUUUUACCAUGGCAACUUGGCCAGUUUGUUCUUUUUUUAGUGUCAAUCCCACAUCGACCUUGAUGUACUGACUGACGGGCUCGGAGCUGAUAAGCCUGCUGAAUUGCUCAGUAAACACUGCUGUACAGCAGCUGCACUACCUUACUUUGUCCAAAGUGGGACAAGAUUUCCUUAGACUGGUUGAUUGUUAUUCUCCUUUUGUACUGUGAGAAUUCAGUGUAGAAAACAAGCCUGAAGCAAUUCUCGCUGCGUCACAGUUACCAGAGGGACUCGAGCUCAGCGCUGCUGGUGCAAACACGGGCAUUCCUGAUCCUCCCCAAAGCCUUAGUCGGGUACCAGAGGAGUAGAGUUGCUCUUGGAAACAACAUUUUCACAUAGAACAAGGUGAAACUGCUUGUUGCCCCCCUUAGCCUUGCUGCUUUGAAGAUCCUUUUUGGAAAAGAUUCCUGAAAUUCACUCGUUUGCAGAAUUUUUAUCUUGCUGUUCCUAGUGCAUUUUGUAGUUACACAGAACUGUUACACAUGGACCUGCUGACUGGUUUUCUGAAUUGAGUUAUGUAUGUUGCACAACAGUCCUCGAAUGUUUGAAAUACAAAGUCUCCAUGUGAAGAACUGUUUUUCACUCGACCUAGAGACAGAACCUAUGGCCUACGCAGAGGAGUAGAUGACACAUGUACAGGUGUUUUCAUAUUAUAGGUCACAUAUUUAAAAUUAGAAUUAUCCUGUAUAAAUUGAAAUUAGGUAGCUGGGGGGGAAUAUUUUGAAUAACACUAACUUAUUUUUAAAAAAGCAAGAUAGGACUUUGUGCAAUGUAUUUUUGUAAAUGCUUUUCAAAAUGUCUGUUAUUCUUUGCUGCCUCCAAACUGACAAGAUGCUAUUGAGAUGUUUAAAUAAAGAGUUUUAAUUUUUGAAA